AUGAAGUGCACUUUAGUUUCCACAUUGUUUGUUGUCACCAACGUUCUAGUUGCAAAUGCGCAAGUAAACAAUUCCUCAGACACGUUGAACGUACAGUUUUCUAACAAUACAAACUCACAUAUAGAAGGAAAGUUCAAUUCUACUGAUGAAGUCUUCAACAGCAGUGCGUCCUGGUCCCUAGAAGCUCAGCAGAAAAAGGUAUCUAGUGCAGCUGUAUAUGACGUCGGUGGUUGGAAUGGCUCGUUGUAUCGUUCCAAUAGAAGUGCAGUUGCUGAUUAUCAACCUGGCAGAAAGCAGGACGCCGCUAUUUCCCAGAUCAGUGAUGGUCAGAUCCAGGCCACUGCAUCUGAAUCUGCUACUGCUACUGCUAUUGCCGCUACUCCAAGCAAUACCGCAAAUAUUUCUGUCUAUGAAGGUGCUGGUAUAAAAGUCGAACCUAAGAACAUGGGCUGCAUCGUUGGUUUAGCAGCGCUAUUAUUUUUAUGA